CACCCAUCUCCCCAGGCACGCCCGACUGCCACACUCACAAAACUCCGCUCCGUCUCCCUUUCCGGCCCCGCCUUCGCCACUCAGUUCUCACUCUCUUCAUCUGGUCACUAACCACCCCCCUUCCUCCAUCACACUCUUGCCCACAAUGUUCCGCACCGCCCUCCGUGUCACUGCUUCUUCCUCAUCUCGUGCGGCCCUCCGCCCCGUCGUCGCCGCCCGCCCCGUCCUCCGGCCAGCCGUUGUCGCCACCCGGAGUUACCAUGCCAAGGUCAUCGACCACUACGAGAACCCUCGCAAUGUCGGCAAGAUGAACAAGGACGACAUUGACGUGGGCACCGGCCUGGUUGGCGCCCCGGCAUGCGGAGAUGUAAUGAAGCUUCAAAUCCGCGUCGGCGAGGACGGAAUCAUCGAAGACGUCAAGUUCAAGACCUUCGGCUGCGGUUCCGCUAUUGCGUCCUCCUCUUACAUGACCGAGCGUGUCAAGGGCCUGUCGCUUGAGGAGGCCGGCAAGGUCAAGAACACUGAGAUCGCCAAGGAGCUCUGCCUCCCGCCAGUGAAGCUGCACUGCUCCCUGCUGGCUGAAGACGCAAUCAAGUCGGCGAUCAAGGACUACCAGAGCAAGCGCGCUAAUCAGCUCGCUGCCGCGCAGGCCACUUCCGCUCCGAUCCAGCAGGCCGCCCAUGCCUGAUCAAAACGCCUCGUUCAAAUGUAGCAAAAGUUAGCCCAGUUUUUAGCAUCUGGAGGUUGUGACAGGUCCAUGCAGUAGCGUCAUGAGUGCGUCAAAGCUCAGCAGCGGAUACAAAGCGAGCUAGGCUGCAAAGGAAAGGAGAUAGCGAGAGUACCUGAGCGGGCCGGUGCGGGGCAUGAGUUACUGUCAGUGAC